UUGGGAACCUCCAGCUCCCCAGAGCUCGCGGUCUGGAGGACAACUGCUUUUCGAGAAGGGGGCGGAAGGGGGCGGCUCGCUCCCCCGGCCCGGCGCGCAGGGCUGUGGGUGGGGACGGAGCACACAGCAGCCGGCCUCGGCCUGCAGUCGGGGCUCCUGUCCACGUCCUCGGGAUGGGCCGCCCUCGGGGGACCCUGGGUCUCUUCCUUAUUGUUGUGGCUGUGUGUCUGCAUGGGGCUUUGUCCCGGGAGGCCGGCCCAGCGGCGCCGAGGAAGCCAUUUUUCGAGAGGCUGCGUAGACUGGAAGAGCAGGUAAGGGCGCCCGCACACGGGGCGGUUGACGGCUGUCACAGAAACAGAGUGGGAAGUGUCAGCGCUCAGGGGACACAAAUGUGGAGUCCCUGGGUCUUUCCUUCAGCCGAUGCUGUUGUCACCCGUGGUUGGAACCCAGCACAGAAGUUUCGGAGACUCCAAGAGGUGACCCUGACGCACCUGCGGGACCUUGCCAGCAACUACAACCUGUCCUACAACGUUGACGCUCGGUUCCAGAGCCUGGCCCUGGAGACCAGGGCAGCGGCCCUGGCCGCAAACCGGUCGCAGGCCACCGUGCAGGGCGACCUGAGCCGCCUCAAGACCUGGAUGCAGAAGUCCCAGCGCAGGAGCCGGAAGCUGGACUCCAGGCUGCUGGCCUUGGACGCCGCCCUGAGCCAUGGGGACAGGCAGCUGGCGCAGGUGAAGAGUGAGCAGGAGGCACAGGGCCUGGCCCUGCGGGGCCUGCAGGACACGCUGGCCCGCCUCACGCACCUGGUGCAGAACCAGGGCACCAGGCUGGCUGCUCUCGAGGGGCGGCUGCUGGUGGCCCCAGGGCUGACCCCCGCCCUGCCCCCGACCCAGACAGGGUCCCCGAAGCUGCAGUCGGGCAGGCAGGCGCUCAGAGCUCCGCCUGAGCCCGGGGACCCACCUCAGGACUUGGCCAGCCGUCUCCAGGGGACGCGGGAGCCACCAGGCCCAGGCAGCCAGCGGGCACGGCCCCUCGAGAGACCGGGAGAGACCUGCAACGUGGGCCCCGUGCUGGUCUUCCCCAACGCCUCCACCCAGAACGCCGCCUUCCUCAGCGCCGGCUUCCCCGCGGGCCUGCGCGCCCUGUCUGUCUGCAGCUGGGUCCGCGUGGCCUCGGGCCACCUGGGCACCCUGCUCUCCUACGCCACCGAGGAGAAUGACAACAAGCUGGUGCUGCAUGGCAGGGACUCCCUGGUCCCGGGCGCCGUCCACUUCGUGAUCGGAGACCCGGCCUUCCGGGAGCUGCCCCUGCAGCCGCUGCUGGACGGCCAGUGGCACCACGUGUGUGUCAUCUGGACGUCCACCCUGGGCAGGUACUGGCUCCACGUGGACCGCAGACUGGUGGCCACCGGCUCCCGGUUCAGGGAGGGCUACGAGAUCCCUCCGGGGGGGUCCCUUGUGCUGGGCCAGGAGCAAGACAGCGUGGGGGGGGGCUUCGACAGCUCCGAGGCCUUCGUGGGGAGCGUGGCGGGCCUGGCAAUCUGGGACCGGGCGCUGGUCCCCGGGGAGGUCGCCAGCCUCGCCGCCGGGAGGGGGCUCCCGCGGGGUGCCGUCCUCACACUGGACGACGCCCACUGGGCGGGCGGGUUCGUGCAGAGGGUGAACUGCAGCUGCCUGGAGCUCUGUCCCUGAGGCCGCGGUCCCGGGCCGCAGAGGGCAGCACCCCCCCCCCCCGCUCCAGGCCCAGCCCCCCGAGAGGGCGCCCCCCGGCCCGGGAGGGGACGGGACAGCGUGGAGGCGGCGGGUCACCGGGCGCAGCAAGGCUGUGGGAGGAUGGCCGGCAGGGACGGAAGGGGCGGUGAUGCCGCCCCAACCGGGGAGCCCCUCCUCUGGGCUGGGGUUGACGACGGAGAACCCCCGUUUCCCACGGAAACGCCUUGGGUGCAUGUGAACUGCCAGGGCCUCUCUGAGGCGGCUUAUCAAAGUGUCCCUCUGGGCGGUCCUUGCUCCCAUGUCCCUCAUGGGGAGAACCGGGGGUCCAUUUCCUGCCCCCCACGCUCCAGAGCCCUGGGGGCUCCCAUAGAGUGCCGUGGUGGUCGAUGAGGCUGCCAGAGCCACGGGGGGCCCACACAGGGCGCUCCUAUUCAGAAACAGACGUGUGUGAUGGAUGGCCGUGCUUUUAAAAUAAGCUCGCUGGACCCUCAUUGGAGCCCCGUUACCAAGUUCACCCGCGUUACGCGCCCAGUUCAAAGAUUAUUAGCAAAUUUACCGAGUUGUGCCACCACCACCACAUUCCACGGCCCCUCACCCCCAAACCGUGCCGGUCGGUGGUCGCUCCUGCCCCCCCAGCUCCCGGACGGCACGGUUCCGCGUCUGCCUCUCGCUGAACCCCGGCCUCGCCCACGGGACCGCGCGCCCGCACCCGUCCUCUGCGACCCCCCCAUGCCGUCACCCGAUGGCACCGGGUCGUGCCCAGGCUCUGGCUUCAGCGAAUAAAGCCGCUCCCAGCAGUC